AUGCCGAGUGUGCCUAAGAUCAUUAGGAGGAAAGAGGCAAGUGAAUCCAAAAAAACAGGAAAACUGUCCAAAAGGGGGGUUGAAAUGACAUGCAGUAAGUGUCAUACCCCAGGUCAUAAUAAAAGGAAAUGUCUUAGAGAUCCUGCAACUGCUGGCCCAAGUGCAACUGCAAGUGCUGGCCCAAGUGCAACUGCAAGUGCUGGCCCAAGUGCAACUGCAAGUGCUGGCCCAAGUUCAGUUGCAAGUGCUGGCCCAAGUGCAACUGCAAGUGCUUCUGCUGGCCCAAGUUCAAGUUCUGGCCCAAGAAAGGCACCAGCUCCAACUGGUAGAGGAAGGGGUAGGCCAAAGGGAUCAACUGAAAAGCCUGGAUUGCCUAGUGAAAGGGUUCGAAGCAUCAAAUCUAGUGCAGUUGUCACUGGUGAACUGCAGCACAAAGCAAGUGGUGGUGUGAAAUGGCAAGGAAGACAAGCUAUGACCUCCCGCGACUUCAACAAGGAAGGAACAAAAAGCGAGAGUCAAACCAGACUAAAGCCGUACAAAUGA